AUGACUUCUGCUUUUGAUGCCAUUGCUAAGUACAGUAACAUCUCUUUAGACACUUUAGAUGUUGAGGACAGAGAGUUCUACGAGAAUCAUUUUGGUAUUAAAUUUUACAAUGCUACAUCCAAUCAGGGUAUCUGCUACGGUAACUGGUCGAAGCAUCCUGAAGUAGUCAUUGAGGCUGCCAGAUUUGUCAAGACUAAAACUGGUGCUAAAGAGUCUACUGGAGAUGAUUUCCUCGAGAAGGUGAUCUUAUACAGUAUUGCUCUUUCUGGAAAGAAGCAGCUUCAAGGUUUGAAGCAUUGCGUGAUGUCGCAAAUCCGGCCUGCAUAUGCAGAUAACGAGGAAAAGACUUUUAACUAUGCCAUGGGUAUCAUUCAUGCUUACGAGGAUUUAGGUGUCGAUAGAUCCCGGGUAGUCAUUAAGAUUCCUGUCACGUGGGAGAGUAUGCAUGCAGCAUAUAGAUUGGAACAUGACGAGAAGGUCAAAUGUUUGGGAACGGUCGUUCACUCAUUCGAACAAGGUGUUGUUGCAGCUGAAGCUGGCUGCACAUACAUUGCUCCGUAUGUUGAUACAUUUUCUGAGGUUUUGGAUGCUUCCACUUUCUCCGACCCUGACCCCGAGGAUAAUUAUGGUGUUUUGCUUACCAGAAAGCUUCAGAAAUACUACAGGGCCUAUGGAAUCAAGACCGAGAUUGUUAUCGCUGCGUUGAUUGGCUACAGGUCGGUUCUUGCUGUGUCUGGAGUCGAUGAAAUGACAUUAUCCCCAGUUAUUUUGAAUAAGUUAUUGGCCAAUAAAGCUCCAGAGGGAUUUAAGACUCCCUAUUUGGCUAAAAGUUACUCUACAAAAGAAGCAGGUGAGAAGAUCAGCUUGUUUAACGACAAGAAAGCUUAUUAUGCUAAGUUCAAUGCCAACAAGACUGCCGUGGAAAGAUACGAGCAAGUCAAGCAGUUCUUUACAGAUGCUGACAACAGCUCAAAGAAGUUACUCAGAGGUAUUUUCAAGGAAUCGAGCAUCUAA